GAUUUGGGAGGCCGCGUCCGCCGGUUAAUGAAGCGGAUAAGUUUCGGCGCAGCUCGGCCGAAAGUCGCAUCAGCCGCAUUUUUUCCGAUCGAGUCAAUGUCGCUCGUUGAUCUCGACCAAUCCGUCCUCGUUGUCCCCUCUUUCACCCUCGAAUGUGGCACGGAGCUACGUGAUGUGCCAGUGGCGUACAAGACGUGGGGAAAACUGAAUGAGCGGCGGGACAACGUCAUGAUCAUCUGUCAUGCGUUUACGGGCAGCGCGGACGUCGAGGACUGGUGGGGCCCACUCAUGGGCCCGGGCCGGGCUUUUGACCCGCAGCGCUUCUUCAUCUUCUGCGCGAACGUGCUGGGAUCGCCGUAUGGCUCCGCCUCGCCGAUAACGACCAAUCCGGACACGGGCAAGCCCUAUGGCCCUGAGUUUCCGCCGACAACCGUGAGAGACGACGUCUGGCUUCACAAGCGCGUCCUGGAUCAUCUCGGUGUCAGCUCGGUCGCGGUGGCUAUCGGUGGAUCCAUGGGCGGCAUGGCUGUUCUCGAGUGGCCGCUGUGCACCCCAGAGGGAUUCAUCCGGCACAUUAUACCUAUAGCGACGUCGGCGAGGCAUUCUGCGUGGUGCAUCUCGUGGGGCGAGGCCCAGCGACAAAGCAUCUACAGCGACCCCGGCUACAAGGAUGGCUUCUACCUCAUCCAGCCCAUCUCCGGUCUCUCCGCCGCGCGCAUGAGUGCGCUGCUCACCUAUCGUUCCCGCGACUCAUUCGAGAGCCGCUUCGGGCGCAAAUGGCACCCGCCCAGCACCGCGGAGACCUCGACACCCCCAUUAUCCCCUCCACCCCGGGCUUCGACUGCGUCCCCUGCCGACUCCAUGGCGCGGCACAACGACGGGCACCUCAACGCGCAGCAGCGCGGCCGGGACGCCCCGGGCUCGCCUCCGCCGGUGUUCUCCGCGCAGUCGUAUCUGCGGUACCAGGGCUCGAAGUUCACCGCGCGCUUCGACGCGAACUGCUACAUCCACAUCACGCGCAAGCUCGACACGCACGACCUUGCGCGGGGGCGCACGACCGUCGACGACGAGGGCGCGCUUGCCCGGGUGCUCGGGACGCUUCCGCCGCGGGCGCUCGUGAUCAGCGUCUCGACAGACGGGCUGUUCACGCCCAACGAGCAGCGCGAGAUCGCGGCUCAUAUCCCGGGGGCGGAGCUUGUGGUGAUCGAGAGUCCGGAUGGCCAUGAUGGGUUCUUGCUUGAGUUUGCGCAGAUCAACAAGCACGUCUUGCGGUUCCUGACAAGAGAGUAUCCGGAGACGUAUGCCGACCCACCGCUUGCGGUUGACGAUGCUGCUUUUACCGUCAAGAAGACGAGCGUGUUCGGAGAGGCAGAAGCUGGUAUCGCUAAUUGGUGAUCUGUACUGCGUUGUACUUCGGAUAGUGAUGCUAGUAGUGAGAAUCACGACUCUUCAAAAUAGAGAAUCCUUCUGACUGGAA